AUGCUCAACUCAACGCACUCACCCACCUACUCCCACCUCCCCAGCGAGUCCAAAGAACUCCUCUCCGAAGAUGACACCAGCAGCAGCAGCAGCAGCAGCAGCAUCCCUCCUCGCACGCGCACCCGCAACUGGCGCAUCCUCCUCCUCCUCUCAACAAACCUCGCCCUCUUCCUCACCUCCCUAGGAAUCCUCGCCUACGCCUUCCACGAACUCAGCGCCCUAAAACACAACAUCGACAACCGUCUCGUCCGCCAAACAUCCGCCUACUGUAUUGUCCCUCCCAACCCCUUCCACCAUUACCAAAUCACUAACCCUCCACUCCCCCCCCCCCUUCCAGCCCCCCUCCUCGACACCCUCCCCCUCCCCCUAUCCACCACGACGACCAACGGCUCCUUCUGGCCCCAAUCCCCGCCCUCCCUCUUCCAACUCCCGCCCAGCCCGGAAGUCGACGCCGCAUGGGACCGCAUCGCAGACACGCACGCCUUCGCGCUCACCCGCGAGCAGGUCCGCCGCCUCAACAAGGACCCCGCGGAGCUGUACCGCUUCCCGGCCUCGUACGGGCUCGGCGAUGAGGCCUACAUGGGUCUCCUGGAUGUGUUUCACCAGCUGCAUUGUCUGAAUCAUCUGCGCCAGGCGGCGCAUCCGGAGUAUUACCGCCAAAACCACAACCACAGCCACAGCCACAGCAACAGCCACCACGGGGGCAGCGGGAGUGGGAGUGUGGGCUCGGGGACGGCGGGGACGGGCGAGAAGAGAAGAAGCAAGUUCCCCUACGAGGUGCAUCUCGAGCAUUGUACGCAUAUCCUGCUGCAGUUCGUCCUGUGUCAUGCGGAUGUGGGUGUGAUUACCUUCAACAAGGUUGCGGGGACGCCGGGCCCGUUUGCGGAUUUCAAUGUUGACCAUGUGUGUCGCGAUUUCGGGGCUGUGUUGGAUUGGAAGGAGGCGAACCAGGUCAAUGUGACGGAUGAGCAGUGGGCGGAGAUCUUUGUCACGCCGGAGGGGAUUAGGGAGCUGCCGGCGGAGGGCAGGUCGGAGCCGCCGAGGGUCUAG